CUGAAAGAGGGCCAGGGGUAUAGGGAGGCACAAGGCGGCGGGGUGGGAACAAAAGUCCACACUGUGGACAACCAGACCCUUCCGCCGGAGCUGGCCACUUCUGCCUUUGGAAAGGGUUUCACAACACCCCAUUUGUGUGCGUUGGCGAUGUAAGAGAUGGGGAGGGGCCACCUGUGCCCAGCUGAGGAUGGCUAAGAGAGCAAUCACUCCCACACUCACAUGUGCUGGUGCACAGAGAGGGAGCCUAGGUGGAGGAGCAGCCCAGCACAUCGUCCACACGCAGAGUGUUCCUGAGGCCUGCUGUCCUCAUGACAGGUGACAAGGAUCCCCAAAAGCUGAGCAGACCCAGCUAUGGCUCCAUCUCCAGCCCACCCAGCCCAGGGCCGCAGCAAGUGCCUCCCAGAAGGACCUACCUGAGUGAGAAGAUCUCUAUUCCAGAUGCAGAAGUGGGCACAUUCAGUCUUCGGAAGCUGUGGGCCUUCACUGGGCCUGGCUUUCUCAUGAGCAUCGCUUUCCUGGACCCAGGAAACAUCGAGUCAGAUCUGCAGGCUGGCGCUGUGGCUGGAUUCAAACUGCUCUGGGUGCUGCUGUGGGCCACGGUGUUGGGCUUGCUCUGCCAGCGGCUGGCAGCCCGCCUGGGUGUGGUGACAGGCAAGGACUUGGGUGAGGUCUGCCAUCUCUACUACCCUAAGGUGCCCCGCAUCCUCCUCUGGCUGACCAUUGAGCUAGCCAUUGUGGGCUCAGACAUGCAGGAGGUCAUCGGCACGGCUAUUGCAUUCAGUCUGCUCUCGGCUGGACGAAUUCCACUCUGGGGUGGCGUCCUCAUCACUAUCGUGGACACCUUCUUUUUCCUCUUCCUGGAUAACUACGGGUUGCGGAAGCUGGAAGCCUUUUUUGGGUUCCUCAUUACCAUUAUGGCCUUGACCUUCGGCUAUGAGUACGUGGUGGCGCGUCCUGCGCAGGGAGAACUCCUUCGGGGCCUGUUCCUGCCCUCGUGUUCAGGCUGCGGCCAGCAGGAGCUGCUGCAAGCCGUGGGCAUCGUGGGCGCCAUCAUCAUGCCCCACAACAUCUACCUGCACUCCGCCCUGGUUAAGUCUCGAGAGAUUGACCACACCCGCCGGGCAGACAUCCGAGAAGCCAACAUGUACUUCCUGAUCGAGGCCACCAUCGCGCUGUUUGUCUCCUUCUUAAUCAACCUCUUCGUCGUGGCCGUCUUUGGGCAGGCCUUCUACCACCAAACCAACCAGGCUGCGUUCAAUGUCUGUGCCAACAGCAGCCUCCACGACUACGCCAAGAUCUUCCCCCAGAACAACCUUGCCGUGGACGUGGACAUCUACCAAGGGGGCGUGAUCCUGGGCUGCCUCUUCGGCCCCGCAGCCCUCUACAUCUGGGCGGUGGGGCUGCUGGCGGCGGGGCAGAGCUCCACCAUGACCGGCACCUACGCAGGACAGUUCGUGAUGGAGGGCUUCCUGAGGCUGCGGUGGUCCCGCUUCGCCCGUGUCCUCCUCACCCGCUCCUGCGCAAUCCUGCCCACUGUGCUUGUGGCUGUCUUCAGGGACCUGAAGGAUCUGUCAGGCCUCAACGACCUGCUCAACGUGCUGCAAAGCCUGCUGCUUCCCUUUGCUGUGCUGCCCAUCCUCACAUUCACCAGCAUGCCCGCCCUUAUGCAGGAGUUUGUCAAUGGCCUGUCUGGACCUCUUGCAUUGCCCACGGAGCCACCUUCCUGGCUCACAGCUCCCACCAACGCUUCCUGUAUGGGCUCCCUGAUGAGGAGCAGGAGAAGGGAGGGACAGCUGGAUGAGCCCCCACAUGGGCCGGACAUCUGGCCUGCUGGAUUGCGCAGCAUGGGCGUGGAGCCAGCAAGACGGAGUGGAGAGUUUUGGAGGCAGGAUCACUUGGGAUCCAUAACUGGACCUGCUGCUUCCCAGCCUGGAGAAAUGAUUAACUCUGGAUCUCAGUGUCCUCAUCGGUAAAAUGGGAACAACCACCUUGCAAUGGAUGUGAAGUACUUUAGCACAGCGCCUGGCACUUGUUUUUUUUUUUUUUUUUAUCAUUCUAAAAUAUUUAUUGAGCACCUAUAGGAGUGACCCUGACAAACCGACCCAGUGGAGGGCAGGACACAAGCUUUAAACUGACACUUCAAAUAAUCAGAUGAGUGCUGAACAAAUGUUAGUUGACUUCUCCAAAGAGCAGAAGAAUGGAAGCCAGGGAGGGGACACGCAUUCCACCUCCCCCUACUAGUCUGGCUUGCUUCUACCUUCCGCUGUGUGGCCUCAGCCUUUGUGUCCUGCCUGCAGCCCAUUUUCCAGGUGGUAAAGUGGAGGCGCGGUUCUCCUCUCUACAAGCACCAGGUCAUAAAGAACCCAAGAGUC